AUGAGCCAUUACCAGAAAGGGCUCAAGCCUGAAGUCAGGCUAGAACUGGAUCGUAAUUGCACUUGGGAAGACCUAAACGAGUUAAUCGAGGAAUCUAUUAAGGCGGAUGAGAUGCUCUACGAGUAUCAGAAGGAACGCCGAUCUUCCAAUGUUCAUGGAAACCGAGAUCGUGGAGUAAAUUAUGAUAUUAUCAAAGAUAUCAUAAAGACAGAAUACUCAACGGAUGCUAUAGCCAAGAGAAUCCUAGCUAUCCCAGACAAUCCAGAACGAGGAUUCACCAUCGAAGAUGGAUUCAUCCAUUUUCAUGGCAAGCUUUAUAUAUCCUUCAAUCUAGUUAAGGAUUAUGUCAUGGAACAAUAUGAACUUCCAGCUUAUAGGCAUCAAGGUAUUGCAAGAACCUUUGCUAGAAUAAGGAGAGAAGUCUACUUUCCAAAGAUGAGGACUAUAGUUGAGAAUAUAAUUGGGAACUACAACACUUGUAUAAGAAAUAAAGCCGCCUAUUAG